UUUGUCUGUUACGCACUCCAUUUCCCGCCAACUACAAAAAUGGCGCCAGCUGUUGAUCCGCCUGGAAAUGAAAAUGACAAUGAUAAUAACGAUGAUUAUGAAUCAUUGGCAAAGAACAGAUCAAGAAGGCAAAAAGUUGGUAAGGCUGGAAAAUUUGCUGCUUUUGAAAAAUUAAAGAAAGCAAAGGCAUCUGGUGAAAAGAAUAAAUAUGAGGGUGAAGAAGAGAAAGAUGUGUAUGAGAUGGUGAAUGAAGAUCAGUACUCCAAGAUAGUACAAGACAGACAAGAUGAUGACUGGAUUGUUGAUGAUGAUGGAUCUGGCUACGUUGAGGAUGGAAGAGAAAUAUUUGACGAUGAUAUUGGAGAAGCACCUACCAAAGAUAAUAAAAAUAAAGCUGAGAAAAAGAAGAAAAAUCACAACAUUGUUAAACCUGGAACAAAGCCUAAAUCUAACAUUAAAAGUAUGUUUAUGGCACAAGCUGCUGGUGGCUCAAAGAAAAAACAAGAGAAAGAUGUCAGUUUAGCUAAUGAUGAAUUGCUUGGAGAUUUAAUGGCAGAUUUACACAAAGGACCAGAUGCUGGUAUUAAACCUGUACCUAUCAAACUAAAAAAGAAACCUGUAGGAUCUACAAAGUCACCAUUAAAUCCUUUUAGCACAUCAGCAAAACCAGCUUCACAAUCGUUGAAUGUUAGGCCAAUAAAACAGGAGAUCAGGUCUUCACCAGUACGGAAACAGAGCAAACCCUUUACAGCAGUGCUGAUUAAAAAACCUCUACCUAAACCUAACAUCCCUGACACCAAUGAUUAUGAUGAAGUUGAUGGGAUGGAUAUAGAAACUGCAGAUACCUCAGUUCAAAACUGUACAGAACAAGAUGAUUCUGGUCUAAUGGAACUGAAUGAUGUUGACUUUGAUGAGAAUGUUGAUGAAGAAAUGUCAGCUGGUGGUGAUAUGAAAGAUGUCAAAGUUAAAGAAGAAAAAGAAGAAAUACCUUUAGAAGCUUUGUCUACUGGUUGGACAACUUUUAAGGAAGAAAUGGGCAGUAGCCAGUCAGAAAAAAUAACAGACAUAGAAGUUGACUCUUCACACUUACCAUUGGUUACUAAUGAAUCAGGUGACCAGGUUCUGAGAUUUUAUUGGUUAGAUGCCUAUGAAGAUCAGUAUUCACAUCCUGGUGUAGUGUAUUUAUUUGGUAAAGUUUGGAUAGAAUCUGCCCAGACACAUGUCAGUUGUUGUGUUACUGUUAAAAACAUAGAUAGGAGAAUCUUUGUGUUACCCAGACCAACUAAAUACCUGAAGGGAGAAGAUACAGGAUUUGAGGUUUCACUCGUUGAUGUCUACAAUGAGUUCAAUGAAAGAGUGGCAGAAAAAUACAAAAUUCCAAAAUUUAAAUCAAAGAAAGUUACAAAACAGUAUGCCUUUGAGAAGGUUGAAGUUCCUGUGGAAUCAGACUAUAUGGAAAUCAGAUAUUCUGCUGACAGCCCUGCUUUGCCAUCAGAUUUGAGUGGCAAUACUUUUAGUCAUGUGUUUGGUACUCAUGUAUCAAGUUUAGAACAUCUUGUUCUUGAAACUAAAAUGAAAGGCCCAAGCUGGCUUGAUAUCAAAUGUCCACAAAUAUCAACUCCUCCUAUAAGUUGGUGCAAAUUAGAAGUAUUUGUGACGAGACCAGAUCAUAUUAGUGUUGUAAAUGAUGCCAGUUUAUCACCACCCCCUCUGGUAGUCAUGGCUCUUAAUAUGAGGACACUACCAAACCCAAAGACACAUCAAAAUGAGAUCAUUGGAAUAGCUUGUUUGGUACAGAAAUCUUUAGCCAUGGAUAAACCAGCACCCAAAAUUCCUUUCCAGGAACACUUCUGUGCAAUUACUAAGCCAAAUGAUUGUAUAUUUCCAUAUGACUUCAGAGAUAAGGCUCAAAAAGAGAAUAAUAUGAAGAUAGAACACUUUCCAUCAGAGCGGCCUUUAUUAGGUUUUCUUCUUGCUAAAAUACACAAGAUUGAUCCAGACGUUAUUGUAGGCCAUGAUAUAUAUGGUUUUGAUCUUGAUGUAUUACUGCACAGAAUAAAUGUGAACAAAACAGCUCAUUGGUCAAAAAUAGGCAGAUUAAAAAGAACUAAAAUGCCAAAACUCUCAGGUCACCCUGGAAUGAAGAGUGGUUACACAGAUAAAACAUCAACGUGCGGGAGAUUGGUUUGUGAUGUAAUGAUAUCUGCCAGGGAGUUAAUGAGAUGUAGAAGUUACGAUCUGACAGAAUUGACCAAUCAAAUACUUCACCAAAAGAGAAAAGAAAUUGAAUAUGAAGAGAUAAGAAAUAUGUAUUUGUCAUCUGCUCAUUUAUUAAAGUUGAUAGAGUUAACCCUACUGGAUUCUACCUAUAUCCUGAGAAUUAUGUAUGAGCUCAAUGUGAUACCACUGGCUUUACAGAUCACUAAUAUUUGUGGUAAUGUCAUGACAAGAACUUUAAUGGGUGGAAGAUCAGAAAGAAAUGAAUAUCUUUUGCUGCAUGCCUUUACAGAGAAAAACUUUAUUGUGCCUGACAAGGAAUACAAGAAAAAACAAAUAGUGAAUGAAGGAAAUGAUGAUGAAGAUUUAGAUGGAACCAGGACACAGAAAACACAAGGAAAGAGAAAGCCUGCCUAUGCUGGUGGUUUGGUUUUAGAACCCAAGAAAGGAUUUUAUGAUAAAUUUAUCUUGUUGCUGGAUUUCAACAGUUUAUAUCCAUCAAUCAUUCAGGAAUAUAAUAUUUGUUUUACAACAGUCAACAGAGAAGCUGUCAACAAAAGUAUAAAUUCAGAUGAGGGGGAAUUGGUAGAUGUACCUGACUCAGGUUUAGAGCCAGGAAUAUUACCAACAGAGAUCCGUAAACUUGUUGAAAGUAGACGACAGGUUAAACAGCUGAUGAAAGGGGACGUUAAUCAGGAGCAGUAUAUACAAUAUGAUAUCAGACAAAAAGCUUUGAAGUUAACAGCCAACAGUAUGUAUGGUUGUUUAGGAUUUACAUACUCCAGAUUCUUUGCCAAACCAUUAGCUGCUCUUAUCACUGGGAAAGGAAGAGAGAUUUUGAUGAAGACUAAGGAUACAGUACAGGCUAUGAACCUAGAUGUUAUAUAUGGAGACACAGAUUCAAUCAUGAUCAACACAAAUUGUACAGAAUAUGAACAAGUAUUUAAGAUUGGAAAUCGAGUGAAAGCAGAAAUUAACAAAUUAUAUAGACUUUUAGAAAUUGACAUUGACUAUGUGUUUAAGUCCAUGUUAUUACUUAAAAAGAAGAAAUAUGCAGCCUUAAGUAUAAAGAAAGCUCCUGAUGGUUCACUGAUAGAAGAAAAAGAAAUGAAAGGAUUAGAUAUAGUAAGACGAGACUGGUGUGAUCUGGCAAAGGAAGCUGGAGAAUUUGUAGUUGGUCAGAUCUUAUCAGGAGAAAACAGAGAACUAAUUGUUGAGACAAUACACAGUAAACUUAUAGAAGUUGGAGAAAAAGUCAAAAAUAAUGAUAUUCCAGUGGAAUUGUACCAUAUUUCAAAGCAAUUGACAAAGAACCCUGAGGAUUACCCUGAUAAGAAGAGCCUCCCUCAUGUACAGGUAGCUAUGAGGUUUAACAGUAAAGGUGGUAGGAAGAUGAAGGCAGGUGAUACUGUAGCAUAUGUCGUCUGUGAGGAUGGAUCAACUUUACCAGCUUCACAGAGAGCCUAUCACCCUGAUGAACUGGCUAAAAGUGAGACACUUAAAAUAGAUACUAAAUAUUACCUUGCAAAUCAAGUGCACCCUGUGAUAGCCAGACUGUGUGAUCCAAUAGAUGGUACUGAUGCUGCACACUUAGCUGAGUGUCUAGGUUUAGAUCCUAGUGGUUACAAACAUGCAGCCAAACAAGAGGAGAUGGAUGACGAUGAUGCUUUGUUAGGUGGUGUUGAGAUGUCUGAUGAAGAGAAAUAUAAAGAUUGUCACAGAUUUAAAUUUGUCUGUCCUGGUAUUACUUGUGGCAGAGAAAUUAUAUUUGAUGGAGUUUUCACUGGGGCUGAGCAGUUUUUGGAAUGUACCUUGUCAAAGUGUCCCAACAAAGAUUGUGAAGUGCAGCUAGCUGGAAUUAUUGACCAGCUGGUAAAUCAACUUACUAAUGAUAUUAGACAACAUGUCCGCAGUUAUUACCAGGGCUGGAUGAAAUGUGAAGAUACAGCCUGCGGGAUGGUCACAAGGAAAUUACCUCUGACCUUUCAGAGAGGCCAUCCUAUCUGUUCAGCUUGUAAUAAGGGUAUUCUACAUACACAGACAACAGAUUCCUGGUUGUAUACACAGCUUUGUUUCUAUCAGCAUGUAUUUGAUUAUGAGAGAGCGAAGAUGAAAUUAUCUGACAAAGAACAAUCAAUGGCUAAUACAAGACUAAAGGACUACAAAGAACAUUAUGACAUCUUAAAGAAUGUUACUACCAAAUGGUUAAGAAAAAAUGCUUAUUCUGAGGUCAACUUGACAAAACUGUUUGAUGGACUGUCAGUAUUGAAAACAGAAAUUAAAAUGGAAUCGUAAAAUUGUAUCAUGUUAACAUUUCAAACAACAAAAAAGGAGUCUGGUGUUUUAAUUUUAAAUACUCAGGUAACAGUCGUUUUCAUAAAGAAGUGAAACAGUAUUCAUACGUAUAAAAGUGUCAGGCUGGUAAAAAAUGUAAUAAUGUAAAAGUAUUCUAUGCAGGUGCACUUUAUUGAGUUGAUAGGAAUCUAGGGAAAAGUAUCAGAGUUUUACAUACUUAGAUAGCUUUGUCAAAUUAUUUUGUCAAUGUUUGAAAUGAAUUUGGGUAAAAACCAAGUUGUUUAUACUUCAAAUUUGAAUACUGGAAUAAGAGGGUAAAUUUUGAGGUCUUAAUUAUUCUAGUUAAAUUUAGUAUACAAAUCAAGGUUGGACCAUUAGAAAUAAUACCAUUAUCCGCUUUGUUAUUCGAAUUGGAAAUAACCAAAUUUCCUGUUGUAUCGGUGAAGGAAUUGAAAAUACCACAAUGUGUUCUGUGUAGGUAAACAUGAUACCACAAUGUGUUCUGUGUAGGUAAAUGGUACCACAAUGUGUUCUGUGUAGGUAAACACAAUACCACAAUGUGUUCUGUGUAGGUAAAUAGUACCACAAUGUGUUCUGUGUAGGUAAACAUGAUACCACAAUGUGUUCUGUGUAGGUUAACAUGAUAUCACAAUGUGUUCUGUGUAGGUAAACAUGAUACCACAAUGUGUUCUGUGUAGGUAAACAUGAUACCACAAUGUUUUCUGUGUAGGUAAACACAAUACCGCAAUGUGUUCUGUGGAAUCAAAAUACUUCAGUGUGUUCUAUUAGACUUUUUUUAUGAAAUAGAAAAUUCCACAAUGUGUUCUGUUGCAUGGUUGAAGGAAAAGAAGAUACUUCAAUGUGUUCUUGGUUGAUAAACACAUAGAAAAUACCAUUAUGUGUUGCAUCCAUUAUAAUGUUUAUUGAGCUAAUACAGUAAUGUAUUUCGUUUUAUUUGUUAUGUAUUGGAUAAUAUCACAAUGUGUGUUUAGAGACUACUGUGAUAUGAAAUAAUUGUAAGGGAACAAAUUAAACACAUUUAUUCUUGAUACUUAUAUUGUCAGUGGAGUAAAGUAUUACUUGUUUUCAUUGAUUUGUUUGUUUUAAAUCACUUCACCAUCAUGCUAUUUAAAGUACAAAUACUUUCAAAAAAACUUUCUUCCCCUUGAUUAUUGUACAAAAUGUAUAUAAAUGUAUCAUUUUCAAAAUAAUUAUUCAGUAUUGCUUACAUUUUAUUGCUCAGGAAAUAAACGCUGCUUCAGAUAUUUUUUUUGUAUUUUUAUAUGAAAUUGUGUUUCCCCAACUCAUUAUUAAUCAAGAAUUUCCACAAUGUGUUCAGUUUUUAGCUCACCUGGCUCAUCACUUUGCGUCCGGAAUUAACUUUUACAAAAAUCUUCUCCUCUGAAACUACUGGGCCAAAUUAAACCAAACUUGGCCAUAAUCAUCAUUGGGGUAUCUAGUUUAAAAAAUAGUGUCUGGUGACCCGGUCAACCAACCAAGAUGGCCGCCAUGGCUAAAAAUAGAACAUAGGGGUAAAAUGCAGUUUUUGGCUUAUAACUCAUUUAGAGUAAUUCUGACAUGGGGUAAAAUUGUUUAUCAGGUCAAAAUCUAUCUGCCCUGAAAAUUCCAGAUGAAUCGAACAACUUGUUGUUGGGUUGCUACCCCUAAAUUGGUAAUUUUAAGGAAAUUUUGCUGUUUUUGGUUAUUAUCUUGAAUAAUAUUGUAGAUAGAGAUAAACUGUAAACAGCAAUAAUGUCCAGCAAAAUAAGAUUUACAAAUAAGUCAACAUGACCGAAAUGGUCAAAUGACCUCUUUAGGAGUUAUUGCCCUUUAUAGUCAAUGUUUAACCAUUUUUCGUAAAUCUUAGUAAUCUAAUAAAAAAAUCUUCUCCUCU